AAAAAAAAAGGAAGGAAGGAAGGGAGGGAGGGAGGGAAGGGGUUGCGGGUAUACUUUAAAGCAUGAAGUAAAUGCCAGUUAAGUACACAGGCACCUUUUGUUAGUAUUUGGAAGUUUCUUCCUGUUUAAAUACUUGCCCCAUAACAAGCAAAGUUUCAGUGGCGGGGGGAAACCCACUGGAAAUUCAGGGACUCAACCCAAUACUGGAGGGACCCACUAAUGAGUAGGUUACCCAUAAAACUCUCUUAAUAAUCAAAAUCUAUAAUAAUCCAGGGAGACAUAAAAAAAAUCCAAUCAAAAGAACUGGCAAAAAAUAAUAAUUAUUUAGUCCUUCCCUGGAGAAACGGGUAGGGAAUGUCUCUAAAUCAACUUUGUUUCCCCUAUACAUAAUAAGCUAUGCCUAAAUGCACAUGUUGGUACACAGUAGUUAAUCAAUACGUACCUGUUGAAAAAGUGAAAAUAUAAACAUUCAUUUACUAUUCUGUUAAUGAUUCCUGGGUAUGCUGUGCCAGUGUUCGAGGGAAAAAAAAAAAAACAAAAAAAAACCUCCCACAAUUUCUCUAAUAGUGCCAUGUAAUACAAAGUUUAAGAACAGAGAAUGAUAGUACUAGAUAAAUUUAAAAAAAAAAAAAAAAAACAGAGGAUAAGAAUUUAGAUAAUCUUGCUUCAAUUCCCAGCUUGGCCUCUAUUCUUACCAGUAUUUAUCUGACAUUUGGACUAAUUAUUUUACAAUUCCAGACACUGGUUCCUCAUCUUUUAAGUGGGUAUUACAAUAAUAAAACUAUUAGAAAAGAGCCAUUUGCAUAACAGCUCAAGUAAGCUUAGCACACAAUCUGAUUUUGAGUAAAUACUUCAUAAAAUGGUCAUUGUGGCUAGCUUCACAGUCAAAUCCUAUGUAAGGAAUCACUGAUAAAUAAAUACUGAUCUACAAAAAUGCAUCUGUACUUCUGGAAAAUAAGUUAUUUUAAGUAAGUUCUUAAGCAUUACUCUAUUAACUAGUCAACUAAUUUUAAAAACAAAAAGGUAGUGAGUGAGAACUGUAGUAUGGGUGGAUAUAGACUACAAGGAAGUUGGGUUUUAGUCCUCUUCUUCAAACUAGGAAAAGUCAAAGAUCAGUCUAGGCUUUAGGUUUCCCAUUUAUAAAAUUCUUUUUAUUUUUUUCUUUAAUGAUCCUUCUAACAUUUCUAAUACAGUGGGGUUCUUAAAACUACAAAGCACAUUUCAUCAGCAAAGCUCAAAAAUAUGUGCACAAAAAUUUUUUGAGUAUCAGAGAAAAUAUAAACUCAUAUUCAUUUGAAAUAGCAGAUAUUAAUGGGGGAGACAGAUGAGAGGAAGAAUAUGCAUGUAACUGUUAACCUUUAGCUUAAGCUCCAAAACUGUAACUUUGUAGGAUUGAAUUACUGUCCCUAGAGUCUCAGAGGAAAAACUGAUAAUAAAGGCUAUUUACAACAAAAAAAACCUUUUUAAAAAACCUCCCUACUGCUCUGCAGUAAGAAAAGCAGCAAGGUGCCAGCCCCAGAAACUAACCAUAUAAGAAAAAUCUCAGUGAGUAUGUAGUGCUAAUAAAAUCUGCUUCAUGGCAAGUUAUUAAAUCUUACUGAAACAUCAGAGUAAGUAAACAUAAUUAGUAAAAUCUCAUUACCCCCCAGAUCCUAUACAAGUGUGCUAUAUCUAUUAUAUCAUUUUACUGAAUUCUACGAUACAUAUAAUUUUAAACAGAAAGAAAAAUAAAUAAAAAGUAAAUGCCAACAUUAAAAAGUGAUUUAAAGUGAAGUUUUCUGCCAUCAAGAACACCAAAAGCCACAUAAGAGCAAAAAAGAAGUGGGCUGUAUCACAUCAUGCAUUAGUAAAGUAAUCCAUGACAGCUUAUUUAUAUAAACCCCAGAAAACUGGGGGGUGGGGAAAGGGGGGAGGAGAUCUAAGUUACAAAGAUAUAUGGCUUCAAUAGAAACCAUAGGUCUUAACUAGACAUUAGUAAAAUCAAGAGCAAUUUGAAAGCAGGAAAAAAAAAUUCAAGAAGAGAAUGCACUGAAGGGGUUAAAUUACACCAACUUACACACAAAAGCUUAUACUGCCUACACCCUACAAAAAAGCAUGUAAGAAACAUUAAAACUAACCUCUAACAGAGAAAACAUUUAGAAAGCCUGUACUUAAGAAUAAAGUUAAAAGGAAAUAAGCUGGAAAAAAUAAAAUCAUAACCAUUCAUUUUAUAAUCAUCACAUUUUCAAAUUAUUCACUCAUCACUACACUUGCAUUGAACAUAUAUAAUUUAUCACAUAAAAGCAAAAUCUCUAAGCUUCUCCCUACCUUAGGUUUUUAGUCAAAAUGAAUGCAAACAAUCACGUGGGAUUCAGCCAAGCAGUGACGUUAAAUUCUGCUCUGUCAGAGAGAGCAUCUGUCAAGCCCACAUUUAAACUGCUGCCUGCCUGUGCAGCAGCUGAGGAACCGUGGAUUUCAUAUUAUAGACUAAAACCCCAUUAAAACUGCUCGAAAUCCUUCCCGCAGCUGCCAGGCAACAACGAAAGAAGAGAGGUAAAUCUUAUGCUUUUCCAAUACAACUGAAGCACUACAUUUUAGCUCUGGCUGCUUUACAUUGCAGCUCAGUGUUAUUACUAGAAAUAUGGAUACUGAGGCGAGAACACAGCUCUGCAUUGUCCAGCCAGGAAAAUAGCAGAUGUAAAAAGCUUCAAUGCAUCAACUGUCGGGAAGAGUCAACAGUGCUACAAGCAGAACGGACAACUACAGCUCUUUUGUUUAACGAAAGAGAGAGAAAACGAAAGAAAGGGAAAAUUUCAGAAGACUAGGACCCAUAUGAACAAGGAGGGUAACUCGAAGACAAGCAGACAGAUGGACACUUUGGAUACUGUGAAAAGCAAUCGCAGGAGGCAGACUGUUGGGGGAUGUGCGCAUGUUCGAUAGCAUCUUUUUUGCUGAAGUGAUGGCGUGCCAAAAGUAUUUUCAGUGGGCAUAAUCCUCUUCACACAAAUGGCCUGACCAAGGAAGAAUGACUACAAGAGAGACAAUGUGACUGAAUUAGAAAAUGAUUGCCAAAGAAUAGUAUUAAGGAGAAGAAAACAUUUUUGGUCACCAAUCUCUCAUAUACCACUACCGGACAUUUACAACAUGCUUCAGUGGAGGAGAAGACACUGCUGCUUUGCAAAGAUGACCUGGAAUGCCAAGAGGUCUCUGUUCCGCACUCAUCUCAUUGGAGUACUUUCUCUAGUGUUUCUUUUUGCUAUGUUUUUGUUUUUCAAUCAUCAUGACUGGCUGCCAGGCAGAGCUGGAUUCAAAGAAAACCCUGUGACAUACACUUUUCGAGGAUUUCGGUCAACAAAAAGUGAGACAAACCACAGCUCCCUUCGGAACAUUUGGAAAGAAACGGUCCCUCAAACUCUGAGGCCUCAAACAGCAACUAACUCUAAUAACACAGACCUGUCACCACAAGGAGUUACAGGCCUGGAGAAUACACUUAGUGCCAAUGGAAGUAUUUACAAUGAAAAAGGUACCGGACAUCCAAAUUCUUACCAUUUCAAAUAUAUUAUUAAUGAGCCUGAAAAAUGCCAAGAGAAAAGUCCUUUUUUAAUACUACUAAUAGCUGCAGAGCCUGGACAAAUAGAAGCUAGAAGAGCUAUUCGCCAAACUUGGGGCAAUGAAAGUCUAGCACCUGGUAUUCAAAUCACACGAAUAUUUUUGUUGGGCUUAAGUAUUAAGCUAAAUGGCUACCUUCAACGUGCAAUACUGGAAGAAAGCAGACAAUAUCAUGAUAUAAUUCAACAGGAAUACUUAGAUACGUACUAUAAUUUGACCAUUAAAACACUAAUGGGCAUGAAUUGGGUUGCAACAUACUGUCCACAUAUUCCAUAUGUUAUGAAAACUGACAGUGACAUGUUCGUCAACACUGAAUAUUUAAUCAAUAAGUUACUGAAGCCAGAUCUGCCUCCUAGACAUAACUAUUUCACUGGUUACCUAAUGCGGGGAUAUGCACCCAACCGAAACAAAGAUAGUAAGUGGUACAUGCCACCAGACCUCUACCCAAGUGAGCGUUAUCCUGUCUUCUGUUCUGGAACUGGUUAUGUUUUUUCUGGAGAUCUGGCAGAAAAGAUUUUUAAAGUUUCUUUAGGUAUCCGCCGUUUGCACUUGGAAGAUGUGUAUGUAGGGAUCUGUCUUGCCAAGUUGAGAAUUGAUCCUGUGCCCCCUCCCAAUGAGUUUGUGUUCAAUCACUGGCGAGUCUCUUAUUCAAGCUGUAAAUACAGCCACCUAAUUACCUCUCAUCAGUUCCAGCCUAGUGAACUGAUAAAAUACUGGAACCAUUUACAACAAAAUAAGCACAAUGCCUGUGCCAACGCAGCAAAAGAAAAGGCAGGCAGGUAUCGCCACCGUAAACUACAUUAGAAAAGACAAUUUUUUUUUUCAAAUGUGCAAUUUGUAAAUAUUGCUAAAAGCAUGUAUAGUUAGAACUGAUUACAUCCGUAGGACAAGUUUAAGUUAAAACUCAUCACAUAAAGAAAUUCAAAAAGUAUUUUUUUAAUUUCUGAAGAAGUUAAGUCUUAAAACUAUAACAUUAUAUAACAAAAAAGGUGUCCCAAAAGAUCUAUUUAAAAAACUGUAUAAGGGGAUUCUGUGUAUUAACAUGCAAUAAUAAGCAUGCAUAAAUCAACGGUUCAAGUCCUCUGUUAGGGGCCAAUAAAAUGUAUCUGCAUACAUUUUCCACAUAAAUUUUAAUUUCAGAAAUGACAGUCAAAAGAUUCUUCAUUUUAGAUAUAGCUUUUCAUUUUAAUAUAUAAUUAAAUGUAAAUAAAACAUCACUAUCAAUUUUAAGAAAACUUUGUAAUUGUGCAAAGGAUAAAUUUUUUGACCUGACUAUUUUAGGGUUCUAAAUGCAAUAAGAUUUAGUUGAGUUAUUCCACAAACACAUUAUAAAGUUCAGAUGUUUCAUCAAUGCAGUUCUCAUGAAAGUAUUUACUUUUUAAAAAUAACUGAGAUAUUCUUUUAAAUUUCUUUUAUUAAUACAUAUAUCGGGGAAAAUUAUUUUGACAUGACGUGAUAAAAUGUGAAAAACUAAUGUGUCUCAGGCUCAAGUUUUUAGUUACUAAAUGUUUCAAAACAGAAAAGUUUUGUUUCCUCAUUGGUGUUAAGAACCAAACUGCUAUUUCAAUGAGUUAUUCAAUUAGACCAAUUACUGCACUUUUAAACAGCACCACCAUUUAAUUUCAUGUAUAUCUGACUUCGAAUAUAUCUGUAAAGAUAAUCGAAGCAAAAGUAAUUACUUAAAGGCACAAAUAGGAUGUACUGUUGAAAAAAGAUAAAGAGUAUGGUGCAGUUUCAUUCAAUACAUUUUUAAGAUGCAUGUGUGCCAAAAUGUAACAUACGGGAAAUUUACUUCCUGACAGCAGGUGUACACAUGCCAAUACUCAACCAUUUUAUGGCACCUAUUUCUUUCUUGGAGUGCCAAGUUUACAAAUCUGCAGUUUUUAAUUUGGUAGAUGACAAAUAUUCUGAAUCACCAAUUAAAAACCCUUUGGGGAGGGAUGGGGAAAACUAUAAAUGUUUGACAAACACAAUUCUAGGAUGAACAAUGUAUACAAUGCACUUUUAUCAACUUUUUAAAAAUAAAGGAAAACAAAAAACUUUACUGAGUGUUAUGAUACAAGUAUUUUCACAGUAAUUUUGUUUGACUCCAUCAUGAAUUUUAAAAUCAAGAAAACACCAACCUACUAACCAAAAUAGUGUUUUCAUUCCAUACAAGUAUGUAAAUUUGUCUAUUUUUAGUCAGAAUGUUUCUUAAUUCUAAUAACAAUCAUUUUUACCUCUGAUUCUAUUAUUAAGGGAUAAAUUACCAGAAGAGAAUUGUAACAUCUGUGAAACUUGAAAACACUAAAACUGUUUAAGUACUUAUCUCCAUUUCAAAUCAGUAGACUAAGUGUUCUAUUCUAAGUGAAGUGAUUCUGAAAGCUGAUCUAUGUAACGCACCCCAGUUCUUGGAUCAAGUCUGUUUUUAACUUAAUUUAUCCUAUAUGACUACAGAAACACCAGAAUUACUUAAUAAAAGUCACACAUAAGAGGAUAAUACCAAAUCAGAUCAGUAUGUUUGACAGAAGACAAAAGGAAUCCUUCCCUCAGUAUAGAAUAAUAUUCUCUGAUUUAUGCCACAAAAGUUAAAAAAAAAAAGUGUGUGUGUGUGUGUGCAAAGGUGUGUACAUAGAAAGAGAACUCAAGUACUAUUUGUCCAAAUUUUGACUAUAGUGCAAGAUCUUUAAAAGAGUAAUUUCCAUCUGGAAAAAGUUUUUAUAAAAAUGACUCAUGAAAAACAGAUAACAGACACCUAAAUUCUUCCUAUCUCAAGUUUCAAUUUUAAAUCUAUAAAAUCUAUGUAAAUUUCUAUAUUCCUAACACUAUCUUGUAAAACGACAGUAAUCUGAUAUCAGACACUGUGAGUCCUCAAAGGGGACUGGACCAAAUAGUAUAAAGUGUCUUUAUUCUGUUGAAAAUCCUUACUUUAAAAUAAAUAUUCUGUUAGUUUACUUUUGACUUUUCCGCAACAAUAUUCAAAUCGUUUUCUUAAGCAAAAUAAGCUGAUAGUGUAUAUAAACAUCUCACCACUUGUUAAAUGUACCUUCUUCAUCCCAAUGCUAUGUGAUCUUUAUGUACAUACAAAUAUAAUUCUAAACGACAGCUUUGCUUUUGGUCAAAGAAAAGGGUACAGAAAUAACUAUGUACUCUUUAUGUUCAAAGUGUUAAUAGGUACUUCAGAAGAUGAAAACACCAAAACUUUCAAUACUUACAACACUUGUUUAUUUUGAUCAAGUAUAUCAGUGCUGAAAUUCUAAUUCAACCAAAUAAUUGAGAUUUCUCCUCACACUUCUUUGUAUACAGCAUAAUCACACAUAAUCUCAACUGCAAUUUUAUUGAUAUUCUAUUUCCAGCAAAUUCUACAAAAAUAAUACCAAUAACAGCAGUAGAAACUAUUUACUGAUUGUACAAGCAGUAUGCUUGGUACUGUGUUGAAGCACUUUACAUACACGAUCUCAUACAACCCUCAUGAACAACACUAAGAGACAGGAAAGACUUGUGUUAAGAGGUUAAAUACCUAAGAUCAUACAGCUAGUAAAGCAGCAGAUUUCCAUUUCAAGGAUCAUGUUCUUAAUCAUUACACUGCUCUGCUAUUAUUUCACAUCUGACAGUUGAUUAAAAAAGUCUAAAGCUGAGCAAAAAUGGUCUGUCCCUUUACAUUCCCAUUCUCUGUUCUUCAUCCUUUGCCAGGCCUCCAGGCUUCAUACCAUUUUCACACACUGGAGGGGCAUCUGAUAUCAGGAGCAAUAAAGACAAAAGAAAAGAGAGUAUAUCUGAUCCCCCAAUUAUUUUCUCUUCUUUUCAGUUGCUUAAUGGUGACAGGAACCUUUGCAAAGCAUACAUAUUACUGCUUAUCUCUUGCUUCUUUGGACCCUGAGGCACAACUGUAAACAGCAGGCAGGUGGCACUUAGAAAUUAUAAAAUGUGCUUCUUUUUGAAGCACAACUGCUAAUUUUUAACAGAUAAAAGUAGAACUGCAUUUACCCAUCCUACUCUCUGGUCACCUGCCAUUUUGUCAUGAGAAGGUAAAACCAGUUUAUCCAAACUAUUCAGAUAAAUUUUCUUUUUCUGUCUUUUACUGUUUAGCUAGGAAAUUUCACUAUGAGAUUAACAUAGCUUUAAAAAGUAGGAAAAAAAAUUCCUGUUGACAGACAUUUCUAAGGCAUCUCCAAGAAUUUCAAUGUAUCAUUUAGACAUCACUCCCAGAAGGCAGACGAUGGACAUUAAAUACUAAAAUGGGAUAGAAAAUCCACUACCACCAAAUUUUACAGUAAUAAAAUUGUUUGGUGCUCCUAUGAUGAUUCCUUAACGCUCUGUAAGACAGUGUCCUCUGUCUGCUAUGCCACCUGAACAAAUCCUUGCAAAUGGAUCCAAGAAAAACUUCCCCUAAAGAGGACAUGCUGAAGAUUUUGUGUCUGUUCAUAACCAGUAUCCACGACCAAGACUCAAAAAAGCAAAACAGUUCUUGUGUAUACAACAUAAUAGAGUUGAUACUACGUUGCAAUAAAUGUCUUAUUACUGGGAAAAGAUCGGGGAAACAGGGUUUAGGGGCCUAUGUUCGCACCACCAUGAGGGAGAGCCAACAUAGCCCCAAAAGUAACCACAAAACUGACUGCCUGGGUCUGAUACGAUGUAAAAUGUUGUCUGAGUCUAGAGAUUAAUGAACAAAGAAAAUUAGUCCACUAUUUCAUAUUUGUUUAACAUUUAAAAUUUGUUUUAAAAAUGUGUUUAAAAUUGUAUUCCCUUAUCAGGGUCUGUUUGUCUUCUGACAGGGUUAAUGAAAAACAUAACUACAAUCUUCUUCCUAACAGAUUCAUGCAAGAGAGGGAAGAGAAUGACUCCUAUAUACUUCAGAUAGAAAGCUAAUAGUGGGCAAAAAAAAAGACACGUAAACUUGAUUUUUACAAAAGUAAAGUUUUAAUCAAAGGUCAUAAGAAAAACCUCUAAUUUAGAGUACAAUUAUACCUCAGUAUCUGUGGGGAAUUGGCUCCAGGACACUCCACAGACACCAAAAUCCACAGAUGUUCAAGUUCCUUAUAUAAAAUGGCAUACUGUUUGCAUAUAAAAUAUGCACAUCCUCCUGCAUACUUUAAGUCAUCUCUAGACUACUUAUGAUACCUAACACAAUCUAAAUGCUACGUAAAUAGUUGUUACGCUGUAUUAUUUAAGAAAAAAUAACUCACAAAAGUCUGCACAUGUUCAGCACAGGCAUUGUGGGUUGGUUGGUUUGUUUGUUUAAAUAUUUUCGAUCAGCAGUUGGUUAAAUCUACGGACGUGAAACCCACGAAUAUGGAGUGCCAACUGUAUCUGUAUGUCUAUAAGUCAUGUACACUUAAUAUAAACUAAAACCUAAGUUAUCUUCUAUCAUCCCAAAUUUAGUACUUUUUCAGUAUUCCCUAUCUCAGUGCAUGGCUAACCGUAGUCAACUGGCACACAGGAGUACCAAGAAUCACCUUCGCCACUUCUUUCUCUUGCUAUUGCCCAUAUCCAUUUAACCCAAAGACUUACUUGGAUCCCUACUGGAAUCCAUCUACUUUUCUUCAUCUUGCCCCUCUUUAAAACAGCAUCACUCAUUUUUGAACUACUGCAAUACCUUUAUAGACAGUUUCCUUAUAUCCACAUAAUCUGUUGCCAAUAUUACAGUCAGAAUGUUACUUUCAAAACAUAAAGCUAGGGACGCCAUCCCACUAAUUUGAUGGCUUCUCAAUGUACUUAGGAUAAAUACCAAAAUCCCUAAAACCCUUGGCCAGUUACAAGGCCCAUAAAUGAUUCUCUUCCUUACUAAAGCUAAUCCCUCUACCCAAUCUUUUGAUUCCAUUCAUACCUCCUAUCUCACUGUAAAUUAUUCUCUCUCUCCCUCGGGGCUUAUUUAAAAGAAAAAAAAAAGAUUCCUGGAUAAGGAAUAGUGAAUUAUAACUUGACUCAAUUAAACAGUUUAAAGCAUUUUCAUUUUAUUUAAAGGAAAAUGUUUUACAACAUCAAAUCAAGUUUUCUCUACAGUGAGAAAGGAUAGUAGUGACAUGGAGAGAAGGGAUUCCAGAGAUGUAAGCAAGUAAGGUCUAUAGGCCUUCAUGAUGGCUGGAUACUAGAGAUGAGAGGGGA